GAUGCAGUAAGUGCAUUCCAGACUGAAUAAAUCAUUAACAACGUUGUAUUCAAAUCAAGAACAGAGCUUCAAAUAUUUCAGUGCUUUAUUAUGAUUAUUUUAAGCCUAAUUCGACUUAAAGAAUCUCAACACCGUCCAAGAGGGAAAGCUGCACGCAUGUAGGCUGUGGGAAGCGGUAGCCUCUAGGGCCCAGAGGAUAUGCGGGAGGCAUUUUCUCUGCUGGUGCGGCUGCGAGCGAGCAGAGCGAGAGACCUGGAAAUGAAAGUAAAGAGCUCAGGAGGCACAUGGAGGGAGCUGCAGGGGCAGCCGAUCCACAAGCAGAAUGCUCCCUCCUAUAAUUAAAUAACACUUACUGUUAUUAUUACUUAUAGUAAUAAUACGUUAAUAAUACCUCUAGUAAUAUAAUACCAUUUAUCGAGGAAAGUUAUACGUAGCGUGGGGGGGAGAACCCGAGGAGAGUGAUUGUAAUGGAGAGACAGAAGAGAAAACAAGAAAUAGAGAAAGGACUUCAAUUAAUUCAGUCUACAUUACCCUUAAGCCAAGAAGAUUAUGAGGCUGUCUUGCAGAAGCUGGUGAGAAACUUGUUUGCAGAGGGCAAUGAUUUGUUUCGAGAGAAGGAUUUCAAGCUGUCACUGGUACAGUAUGUAGAAGGGCUGAACGUGGCAGAUUAUGCAGCCUCUGAUGAGGUGACCAUCCCAAAGGAACUCCUGUGCAAGCUGCAUGUCAACCGAGCUGCCUGCUACUUUGCCAUGGGGUUGUACGAGAAGGCUCUGGAAGACAGUGAAAAAGCUUUAGGUCUUGACAAGGAGAACAUCCGAGCGCUCUUCCGCAAAGCCCGCUCUUUAAAUGAACUUGGAAGACACAAAGAGGCGUAUGAUUGUAAUAGCCGUUGUCUGCUGUCCCUCCCCCAUGAUGAGAGUGUCACGCAGCUGGGACAGGAGCUUGCACAGAAGCUGGGACUGAGGGUUCGAAAAGCAUAUAAAAGGCCUCAGCAGGAAUUGGAAACAUUCUCUCUACUCAGUAACGGCACGUCCAUCAAUUUGUCAAAUCAGACCACUUCCAAUGGUUUGGGAUCGAUUGAUGAUAUCGAAACAGACUGCUCCAUGGACCUGCAGUGCCUGCCAGCUCCUGUGGCCACUUCCAUCCCUGUGAGCGAGGGGCUGUCCCUUUUGCACUCGGAUUCAGAUGCAAAGGGCCUGCCUACCUCGCUCCCUGCUGCCAGCCUGCUCCCAUCUCCAGAGUCUGUGUCUCUGCCAGUGCCUGACAGUGUGGAGGACUUCACAGAUGGGGACAUAAUUGGGGAAGAACUGGACUCCCUCCUGGAUUCCCUCGCUGAGGGUUCACCGUACCCUCUAUCUUUGGUCCAGGGCACCAUUCCCACCAACCUGCCAACAGAGAUGCCCCAGCUGAUCCCUGUGUUUCCAGGGGGAACUCCGCUGCUUCCCCCAGUUGUGACAGCUAGCAUCCCUGUCUCCACCCCGCUGCCACCUGCCUCCUUUGGCCUGGUGAUGGAUCCCACCAAACAGCUUUCCUCCUCCUCUGUCUUGGAUGCCUUUGAGCCCCCGCCCGGGGGAAGUGGUGGCUCCACCUUAGAUUCCCUGGAUUCCCUGGACCUGCUCCCCUACACAGACUCACGUCUCGAUGCCCUGGAUUCCUUUGGGACAAGCAGAGGGUCGCUGGAUGCCUUGGACUCCUUUGCCAUCGAAGAAACCAGCCCUCAGGAACUGCGACAUCCACCUGGCAACCAAAAACCAUCCCCCGUGGUGAGUGAGCCGCUCCCCCAUGCUGAUGUCCCAAGGUGCUCUGGAGCCAAGGUAGUCAGCCUUGGUGGAGUGAGUCACCCAGCUGUGCCCAAAGUCACCGAGCACCUGCUGUCCCAGCCAGAACCAGUAAUACCCAACACAGCCUUGCUGGUGAAGAACCCUCUGGCAUCCACCCAUGUCUUCAAACAAGCCUGUCACAUCUGCUACCCUAAAACAGGGCCCAAGGCUGGUGAUUACACCUAUCGAGAAGGCUUGGAGCACAAAUGCAAGCGAGACAUCCUGCUGGGCCGUCUGAAGAACUCAGAAGACAAGACUUGGAAGAGGAUCCGUCCUCGCCCAACCAAAACCAACUUUGUAGGAUCAUAUUACCUGUGCAAAGAUAUGCUUAACAAGCAGGACUGUAAGUACGGGGAUAACUGCACCUUCGCGUACCACCAGGAAGAGAUCGACGUGUGGACGGAGGAGAGGAAGGGGACUCUCAACCGUGACCUCCUCUUUGACCCACUAGGUGGGAUCAAGCAGAGCAACCUUACCAUUGCCAAGCUCCUGAAGGAACAUCAAGGCAUCUUCACCUUCCUCUGUGAGAUUUGCUUUGACAGCAAACCCCGGAUUAUCAGCAAAGGGACCAAGGACACGCCAUCUGUCUGCUCCAACCUCUCUGCCAAACACAGUUUCCAUGACAACAAGUGUCUGGUCCACAUUGUACGUUCCACAUCCCUGAAAUACUCCAAGAUCCGACAGUUCCAGGAACACUUUCAGUUUGAUGUGUGCCGGCACGAGGUGCGCUACGGCUGCCUGCGUGAGGAUAGCUGCCACUUUGCUCAUAGUUUCAUUGAGCUCAAGGUCUGGCUGCUGCAGCAGUAUUCAGGAAUGACCCACGAAGAUAUUGUGCAGGAAUCUAAGAAGUACUGGCAACAGAUGGAGGCACAUGCCAGCAAACCAACCAACAGCAUGGCUUCACCCCGGGCUCCAACAUCAAGCACCUUUGACCUCCAGAUGAAAUUUGUGUGUGGCCAAUGCUGGAGAAAUGGACAGCUGGUGGAGCCAGAUAAAGACCUCAAGUACUGUAGUGCCAAAGCCCGCCACUGUUGGACAAAGGAACGUCGAGUUCUGCUGGUGAUGUCCAAAGCGAAGAAGAAGUGGGUGUCUGUCCGACCACUGCCUUCCAUCCGCAACUUCCCACAGCAAUAUGAUUUAUGUAUCCAUGCACAAAAUGGCAGGAAAUGCCAGUAUGUGGGCAACUGCUCCUUCGCCCAUAGUCCUGAGGAGAGAGACAUGUGGACCUUCAUGAAGGAAAAUAAAAUACUAGAUAUGCAGCAGACCUAUGACAUGUGGCUAAAGAAACACAAUCCUGGGAAGCCUGGAGAGGGAACACCACUCACUUCGCGAGAAGGGGAGAAACAGAUCCAGAUGCCCACUGACUAUGCUGACAUCAUGAUGGGCUACCACUGCUGGCUCUGCGGGAAGAACAGCAACAGCAAGAAGCAAUGGCAGCAGCACAUCCAGUCAGAGAAGCACAAGGAGAAGGUCUUCACUUCAGAUAGUGACUCCAGCUGCUGGAGCUAUCGCUUCCCUAUGGGCGAGUUCCAGCUCUGUGAAAGGUUCCAGAAGAGCAAGGCCUGCCCCGAAGGAGAAGAAUGUCGCUAUGCCCAUGGCCAGGACGAGCUGACGGAGUGGCUAGACCGCAGGGAGGUGCUGAAACAGAAAUUGGCCAAAGCCCGCAAGGACAUGCUGCUCUGCCCCCGGGACGACGACUUCGGGAAAUACAACUUCUUAUUGAGGGAUGGUGUAUAGUAAGGGCCGGGGGGGGGGAGAGCCUGUUGGCUGGAGAAAUGCAGGGCGGGUUUUCUGAGUGAGGCAGUAGCAAGGCGAGCAUCCGUGUCUCGCAAA